ACGUAAGAUUUUGAAAACAUCAAAGUAUAAUGGCUGAUACUGUUGCUCCUGCUGCUCCGGCUGCUGCCUCACCGGCUAAGGCACCUAAGAAGGCAAAGGCACCCAAGGGAGACGCCAAGAAACCCAAGAAGCCAUCGACUCACCCUCCAGUUAACGACAUGGUUUUGGCCGCUAUCAAGACCCUCAAGGAACGUAACGGAUCCUCGCUGCAGGCCAUCAAGAAGUACAUCGCCGCCAAUUACAAAUGCGAUGUUGCCAAGUUGGCUCCGUUCCUAAAGAAGGCCCUGAAAUCAGGCGUCGAGAAGGGAAAGCUUGUCCAAACUAAGGGAACUGGUGCUUCCGGUUCAUUCAAGGUUAAGGCCGAUGCAAAGAAACCAGCUGGUGAGAAGAAGGCCAAAAAACCCAAAAAGGAAACCAAAGCCAAGAAACCCGCUGGCGAGAAGAAGGUAGCCAAAAAACCAAAGGCCACCACCGCCAAAAAAACUGGUGAGAAAAAGGCUAAGGCAGCUCCUGCUAAAGCUGCAAAGAAGGCUGCUGGAGUGAAAAAGGCCGCUGCUCCCAAACAGAAAGCCACAAAGCCAUCAAAAACCGCAGUCAAGAAGCCGAAAACACCGAAGCCAAAGAAGGCUGCUGCUCCGGCCAAAAAAGCUGCCCCGAAAAAGGCCGCUGCCAAGAAGUAAACAUCGAAUUGAAUUACCAGAGUUUAAAACAAUCAGUCCUUUUUAGGACUACCAUGAAUGUACAUGAAGAAGUUAGUUUGAUUUUACUGCAUCAUACAGACAGCUUUACUGUCAAGUUAUUUACUAAAGUUGGGGAUCAACAGAGAUUUUUUAACCCAAAACAAUAUCUCUGGAUUCCACUGGAAGAAUGUUUUGUAGGCUGUAGAAUUUCAUCUCAGAAAUCGUGUAAUAUGUAUUUUGGAGUACCUAACACUAGAAAAUUUUUGAAUGCCUUACAAAUUUGUAGGUCCACGGUGUAUACUUGCUGCCUAAUCAAUUAAUCUUAUGUUUCAUGAAAGUGGUUAAAUUUCCUCACAAUUAAAUUCUAAUUUACCACUACAUUCACUGACACAUAAAACAGUUUUCUUCAGUAGUGGUGAAAAGAUAUUUUUAAAGGAAAAAAUGAGACUUGGAAAUCCUUUUGUUAAGGUAAGAGAUUUUUUUAAAGACCAGCCUGAGCUAGCAGCCAUUAAAGUGCG